GGUUGAAUUGAAAUGUCUAUGGUAUUAUGGAUACGACAUGGACAUCACUAUUAAAAACAAAACAGACAUAAAGAAAAAAGGGAAAUAAAGGAUCGUCCAAGAUGGCGAGUUUAACUUCAAUUCUAUAAAAAUUCUAAUAAAAAGUGUUCUCUGUGUAAUUCGAGGCAUUUUUUCAUGUUUAAAUUCUUUUGGAAAUAUUAUAUGUGCUUGAAAGAGAAAUAAAAUAGUUAGAAACGCUAUAUUGGUGAAUGAAUAUUAACUUUCACAAUGAGCGAAAUUGCCAACAGUGAAGGCGCUUCCGAGUCUGAGAAGCCGGUUUCGAAUGACGGUGUAAUAUUCCCGCCUUUCCCAGAUCCUAAUGAUGAUGACUUUGAUGAUGAUAUUGACGAAGAAGAGAGAAGCUACUAUAAAACUGUUUUCAAAGACCUUAACGCUGUUAAAGCUAUGAAAUUACAUUGUACAGCUUGUGAUCGUCAUCUAGGAUGUGCAGCACGCAACGAAUCUCGUAUGCGUGCUCAUCCAAUGCUACGUACUCUCGUUUGCCAUAAUUGUCACAUCUUCUACAACAGUGGAGAAUUUGAGAAGGGUGAUGAUGGCUCUGAACUGUAUUGUAGAUGGUGUGGUCAAGGUGGACAAGUUUAUUGUUGUUCUGACUGCCCUCAUGUGUUUUGUGCGAAAUGUGUGAAGCGCAAUCUAGGAAUAUCAAAAACCAAAGAAAUUGAAAAUGCAGAUGAUUGGAAAUGUUUUAAAUGCAAUACUAAAUGUCUAUGGGACCUUCGUGCACUAUGUUGGGCUGUUUUACGUUUCUGUGACCUCAAAAAUAAAAUGGCACAAGAAGCUCAAGAUCCAGAAUUGAAGGAAGCAUAUAAAAAAGAUUGCUCUAUAGAUUAUUCUGAAUGCUGCAAAAGCAAAUCAAAGAGAAAUCAGAAAACAGAAACCCCAAAACGGAAGGAAAUCAAGAAGGAAUCAGAAGUAAAACCAAACAUAGAUCCCAAGGCUACUUCUAACCUAUUAUCUAAAAUUUCACCAACAAUACAGGUCAAAAAGUUUGCCUCUGUAAGUAUGGAUGAAGUGAAACAAGAGAAAAAGCCCCAAAAGAGAUCUUUAAGUCCCAAAAACAAACCAGUUUUAGUAAAGAAUCCUAUAAGUAUUGCGCCAAACACGAAGUUACUAAACCCAAUAAAUUUACCAUCUCUUCCAAAAAAGAUGAAGUUGCCUUCACUAAUAGUAAGCAGUUCCUUAAGAGUUAUAAAUGACCAGAACAAACCAGCAACCUAUACUCGCUUGAAGCCUAAAACACCUCAAACAGUUAUUGGUAACAGCAACUUUAAUGGUUUUAAUCCAACUAUGUACAAUAAUGAUAAUAUUAAUUUAUCAAUAGAAAGUCUAACUCAGGGAUUAGACAUGUCAGCUGUGACUGGUUUAGGCAGUAAUUCACAAAAUGACGACGUUGUAUGCACUCCGGACUUUCCACUGGAACCUUUGUGUGAGGUUACUGAGGACAAUGACGAUGAUGUGCAAUGCAUCACACCAGGCCCUGUUGUUCCACCAAAGAUAAGCAACCCUCCUCCUUUAGUACCACGUGUUUUAAAUAACCCAGUGGAUGUAACAUCAGAUAAUGUUGUUCAAAUGACUGAUAACGAUGUGACUGUGAACACAGCCACAGGUGGAUUAAAAUUCCGUGUAGACCCUCAAACUUUAUCAUCAAAUAAGAUGUAUCGCCUACCAGAUGGCCGUAUUUUUGCUAUUAAUCCAAAUCCCGCUAUGCCAGGCGGGUAUUCCGCUACUAUAGUAGCCGUCGCCGAAACAAGCGGGAAAACUAUAUCGAAAGGCGCCACUUAUGCAGCUAAACUCAGCUCAGUUGCUACUCCACCUGUUGUCACUCCUAAAACAAUCCGUAACGUUCCUCGCAUAUUAAAACGUAGCACACCAAAAGCUACUAUAUCCAAAAUUAAAUCUCCUGGUACUUUAAAAUCUCGAUAUUGCGAUUUGAAUGUUCCAGUAGAAUGGUAUAGAUACAAUUUGAUUGAUGCAGUUGAUGCUUUGGAGUAUGCUCUCCCAAGACUUACUAAAUUGAAAAAAGAAGCUACUACUGUCUUCUUGCGUACUAGAACAGUGGAUGAAAUGCGUACUCUUCAUAGAAGUUUGGAAAGAUUGCUAAACACAUCCUCUAGUAGAUUUAAUGAAAUUCGUGAAAACCUGAAUAAGGGUUUUAAACAGUAUCUGACACGCAAGUCAGGUGGUAAUAGUGAAGAUGAUGAUGACGUUGAAAUAUUACCAGAUAUGGAAGCUAAUGAUGAUCCUAUAUUUAUAGACGAAAAUUCCGUCGAAUCUAUCAAUGGCUCUGAAAAUCAAGAGGUAGAUUUAACAAGUGUUGGUAGUGAAUAUAAUGAUAGUGAAGAAAAUAAUAAAAGUGACAACUUUUCAAAAAGUGUAACUGAUCCUUUAAAUGACAAUGAAAACAAUGAACAUAGUGAUGUACUAGCAGUUAUAAGUCACAAAAAUAACAAGGUAAAUGUCCCUGUAAAUGCAAUUCAGAUGCAAAGCAAUGCAAAGAGGAAAUUAUUGAAUAGUAACAUAGAUAAAAAAACUGAAAAAGACAUGAAAGUAAAAAAAGAAAUUAGAAAUACUGAUCAGGAUAGUGCUGAUACGGAUAAUAAUGAAAAGGAACCUGAAAAUAUUAAAGAACAGAGUAAUACUGCUACUGAGACAGAAAAUAACAGAGUAAAACCAAAAGAUAACAUUGAUCAGGAUACAGAAACUGACUCCAAUACAGAAAAAAAUAAAACUGACGAAGUAGACAAGGAAGAUUCGGAGGAUUCAAACAGUAAAAAAAUUGAAUGUAAAGAAAAUCAAAAAGAUCAAAGGAAUGGUCUACAAAACGAAGAUGAGGGUGAAAAGAAUUCUAAUAAGGAAGCUGAGGACAAGGGGGAUUGUAUAAAUAAUAAUGAUUUAAAUGAUAAGGCUGAUAACCAAGAUAGUGAUGAUAGACUGCAUGAUACUGAAAUGAGUGAAGAGAUGAUAGAAACAUUGUUAAAAGAUGAUGUAGGAGAUGAACAGGGAUCCAGUUCGAAAAAUGUAGAUUCUUCUGAAAUGUUAGAAGAAACCUAAAAAACUUUUUAUAUCUUAUUUAAGAUAAGUAAUAUUUAAAUACAUAUAAGCUAGGUAUAUAAGUACAUAAAUGGAACUGGUCAAAAUUUUAAUACUUCUCUGUAUUUUUUAGCCAACUUCUAUGUAGAUAAAGAAAACAAUUAGACACUAUACAUGUGAAAUACGAUAUCUAUUAUACUUAUUUACACAAAUACAUUAUUUAAAUGCACGGAAGUAAUGUUGAAAAUUGUUUUAAUUAUCAAAUCAUACAUUAUUUUUUAAUGUCUCUUGGAUCUAAAAGUCUAACCAUGUUUCGUAUAGGAAAAAAUACCAAAAUGAAAGUAAACAUUUUUUUUCACUAACCUGCAUAAUGAGUGAACUGUGUUAUCUGAGUUUUGAGUGCGUUCUUCAAUAUUUUAAGCAUGUGGCGCUCGAUUUGUAUAGUAUUACAGUCGUCGAUAGUUAAUAAUAGAGUCAGUCUGCAGUUUAUAGACAAACUAUACAUUAUAGCUUACAAUUGUUUGUUGGUAUUCAAUGACAUUUAAUCAAAUUAAAACUAUUAAACAGACUGAGUGCUUAUCGAAUUAUAUGUUGAAUCUUACAAAUCGUUGUUAACAAAUGGAAAAUAUCUCAAUGAAUGCUCAAGUUAGACGAAUAUAAUGCAGCUAUUCAUAUUAAAACACAGUAAAAAUCUUGCAAGUCUUUUAUUGCAUGCUAUUGUGGAAUUUGAAAAAAAAAA